UUACAGAAUCCCGAGAGAAGUGUGGACUGAGGAACACAUACAAGCAUUCUUGGAAAGAAACCUACCUUCCACCUCUGGUGGAGAGCCACAGAUCCCUGAGAAGAAGACACGGCUACAUUGCAGGUUCUCCUGGGAAAGUUGCAAAAAGAUCAUAUACAAGAGGCUCCCUAUCCUGAAUUGGCUUUUUCCUAUCAGUUCAGAGAAUGGAUCUUGAAGGACCUCCAUGCAGGCCUAAGUGUUGGGUUAGUUCAGGUUCCUCAAGGGCUAUUAGGAGUUUGGCUGGCUGGCUUACCUCUUCCAACAAUCAAUGGCUUCCUUUCUGCAUUCUGCUGCUCAAUGCUCUAUGUUGUAUUUGGAAGUUCACAUCACAUCUCAAUUGGCUCAUUCAGCAUCCUAAAUCUAGUGGUGAAAAAUAUUCUUAAGUCCGUUGAUCUCAACAAAACUUUGUCCUUCAACAGUUCACUGGUCAAUUUUUCAGACCCUACACUUUUGAAAGGUUACAUGGAGACCUUGACGCUCACUGCGUCAGUGACAUUUAUGACUGGCAUAAUUCAGUUGCUGCUAGGCUGCUUCUGCCUGAAGUCUGUAACAGCAUACUUGCCACAGGCUCUCAUUGAUGCUUACCUCUCUGCAGCAGCAUUGCUUGUCAUUGUAUCACAGUUCACUUUUAUCUUUGACGUUGUGCUUGACUUCCAUAAUGACUCUCAAGACAUUUUCUAUAAUGUAUUCUAUUAUUUACUGGCUCUCCCAAAGUCUAAUGCCACCAGCAUACUGCUAUUUUUGCUUAGCAUGGCCAUACUACAAAUCAGUAAAACUAUCAGGAUAACUUACCUCUAUAGUCCUGUUGCAUUUCCUAUGGAGCUUCUCUUGAUCAUCACAGCCACCAUUAUUGCCAAUUGUGUUCAUCUUCAUGCUGAAUCUAGCAGUGCUGUGGUCAGUAUGAUUCCUCAGAGGUUUCUACCUCCUACACUGCCAGAUUUAUCAAACCUGAGCAAGAUCAUCUUGCAUGCUUUCUCCCUUGCUAUUGUAAGCUGCUUCCUUCUUGUUUUUAUUGGAGAGAAGUAUGCUUUGCUUCAUAACUACAGCAUUUCCAGCAGUCAGGAACUAAUAGCUGUGGGGCUUUGCAAUAUUUGCAGUUCAUUUUUCAGAAGCUUUGCUGUCAGUUGUGCUAUUUCUGGAACUGUCAUUCAAGAGAAGACAGGUGGAACAACCCAGAUAGCAGCACUGAUGGGAGCAUCUAUAAUGCUGGUGAUUGCAUUGAAACUAGGACACUUUUUCCAGAUGAUACCUAAUAGUGUGCUGGCUGCUGUUGUAGUAUUUAACAUGCUACCUUUUCUUGAAAAAUUUCUGGACAUUCCUACCCUGUGGAGAAAGGAUAAGUAUCAUUUAGCAAUUUGGCUUGGAACUUUUGCUGCAGUGCUUUGUCUUGGUCUUGAUAUUGGUUUACUGAUCGCCCUGGCAAUUGCAUUCUUCAUACUCAGCAUCAGGUCACACAGAAUGAAGAUGAUGGAGCUGGGACAGAUUCCAAACACGAAUAUUUAUAGAAGUUUAUCCACCUGCAGAGCUGCAAUGGAGAUUGAUGGUGUCAAAAUCUUCCAGUGCUGUUCUUCCAUUUCUUUUGCAAAUAUGAAUAACUUCAAAAAUUACUUGUUACACAAGAUGGACAUGAAAACAGUGCCUCUAAAUCCAAGUGAAAUGAGGGCCUUAGUUUCAUCUAGUCUGUCUGAUAUUUCAGUGGAAAGCAAAGAUUUUAAAUGCUCUUGUGUCUGUGAUCCACCUUUACCACCACCUCGGAUACCAUAUACAGAGAAACUGGUGAAGUCAUGUCAUGUAGACGGUAAUUCCACAUCAUCUUCAGUUCACUUGGUACGUUGGUCAAAGUAUGGAGUUAGACAGAACUAUGGGAUGCUCUUGCUGGGAGCAGCUAAUGCACAGUCUGCAUCUCCAGGCAUUAACACACAGCUUCAGCCUGAAAAGAAUGAGGAUGAAGGGAAACAAACUGGUGUUCCACCGAGCUCUGCAGUAGGUAAUACCUCAGCACUGUUUGAUCAGGAAGAACAGCCAGUGCAUUUGCCAGGUCCAGUUCACACCAUUAUUUUGGACUUCAGUAUGGUCCAGUUUGUGGAUUUGCAAGGUUCAGACUUACUGCGACAGAUCUUCCAUAUGUUUUUCAAUAUCGGCAUUACGGUCCUUGUAGCUGGCUGCCACUCCUCUGUGAUAGCAGCCUUUGAGAAGAACGAGUUCUUUGACAGCUGUGUCACCAAAGAACUGUUCUUUCUAACUCUUCAUGAUGCUCUGCUGGCUGCUUUGGCGAGGCAUCAAAAGCCAGAUGAGAUAGAACUUACUGCAGAAGAGCAUGCUGAAAAGCUACAAGCUGAAGAUGAGAUGGUAGAGUAUUUAGCUUACAUGACCCCGCAUGGGACAAGGAAUAGAAGUGUAACAGCAACACGUGAAUUACAACUACUGGGGAAUUGGGAUUUCAGUAGAAGGAAGAAAGGGGGAACAGGCAGAGGAAUGGAACCCGUCAUCCCCAGAGCUCACACAAGGAUUUUUCCGCCUUCCAAAAUCGCACCCACCUUUCCCUGCAAAUAUUUGUAUCUGAUGCCCGGCUGCGCUGUGCGGUUCUUGCCCAGUACUGAGCCGGACGGGUCGCGCUCCCCCUGCCGGCAUCCAGCAGCACCAGAGCCGCGGCUGCGGUGUGAGAGGUGUGCGGCAGCCCUGCGGGAGCUGCGGGAACCGCGUGAUGUUAAACGGUUGCUGACAGAGCUGGUUGUUGACAGAAGUUUUAAGGGAGAUGCAUCAACGUCUUUAUGACCAGUAGUGGGUCUGCACUCACAGCAAAAAAUCCCCCAACAGCCUAGCAGCCAACACAUUGCUUUUUGUGAUAAUUAUUAAACGAGUGUUAGUACUUAA